CCUCCGCCAGCUCCGGCGGGCAGCGGGCGCUGAGGCUUAGCGCAGCUCAGCGCAGUCCAUCCGCCCGCAGAGCGGACUGAGCUAGAAGCGGAGCGCUGUCGCCAGAGGCGAGCGAUGAGGGCAGGUGCUGCCUGCAGCGCCAUGGACCAGUCGCGCCUGCUACUGCUGCUGCUGCUUCUAGGGGUGUCAAGGUGCCAAGGUGCCAAGGAGACGUGUUCCACAGGCUUGUACACCCAUAGCGGAGAAUGCUGCAAGGCCUGCAACUUGGGUGAAGGUGUGGCCCAGCCUUGCGGAGCCAACCAGACCGUGUGCGAACCCUGCCUGGACAGUGUGACAUUCUCUGAUGUGGUGAGCGCCACUGAGCCCUGCAAGCCGUGCACCGAGUGCCUGGGCCUGCAGAGCAUGUCGGCUCCCUGUGUGGAAGCAGAUGAUGCAGUGUGCCGAUGUGCCUAUGGUUACUACCAGGACGAGGAGACUGGCCGCUGUGAGGCGUGCAGCGUGUGCGAGGUGGGCUCAGGACUCGUGUUCUCCUGCCAGGACAAACAGAACACGGUGUGUGAAGAGUGCCCAGAGGGCACAUACUCAGAUGAAGCCAACCAUGUGGAUCCGUGCCUGCCCUGCACGGUGUGCGAGGACACUGAGCGCCAGUUACGGGAGUGCACGCCCUGGGCCGACGCCGAGUGCGAGGAGAUCCCUGGCCGAUGGAUCACAAGGUCUACACCCCCAGAGGGCUCUGACAGCACGGCCCCCAGCACCCAGGAGCCCGAGGCACCUCCGGAUCAGGACCUCAUAGCCAGCACAGUGGCAGAUACGGUGACCACUGUGAUGGGCAGCUCCCAACCUGUAGUGACCCGAGGCACCACCGACAACCUCAUUCCUGUCUACUGCUCCAUCUUGGCCGCUGUGGUUGUGGGCCUUGUGGCCUAUAUUGCUUUCAAGAGGUGGAACAGCUGUAAGCAAAACAAACAGGGAGCCAACAGUCGACCAGUGAACCAGACACCCCCACCCGAGGGAGAAAAACUCCACAGUGACAGUGGCAUCUCUGUGGAUAGCCAGAGCCUGCACGACCAGCAGACCCAUACACAGACUGCCUCAGGCCAGGCCCUCAAGGGUGACGGCGGCCUCUACAGUAGCCUGCCCCUGACCAAGCGCGAGGAGGUUGAGAAGCUGCUCAAAGGUUCUGCAGGGGACACCUGGCGACAUCUGGCAGGCGAGCUGGGCUACCAGCCUGAGCAUAUAGACUCCUUCACUCACGAGACCUGCCCAGUUGGAGCCCUGAUGGCCAGCUGGGGUGCCCAGGACAGCGCAACGUUCGAUGCCCUUUUAGCCGCCCUGCGCCGCAUCCAGAGAGCCGACAUUGUGGAGAGCCUGUGCAGCGAGUCCACUGCCACGUCCCCAGUGUGAGCUCAGACCAGAAGCCCCUGUCCUGCCCCAUAUUCUGACAACUGAUGCUCUAGCCAGCCCCCACAGAGAUGCCCCCCUCCCCCGGGGUGGCCCAACAGUCAGAGCCAAGCUCCAAGGCCCUGCUCCCCAAACCUUAGCCCUGUGGCUGUCCCUGAGGGAGCCCUUGCUUCUGAUCCCACUUUCUCUUCAGUGAGACAGGACCACCCCAAGCCUGUCCUGCCCCAUUACCACCUCAGGCCUUUCCACCCUCCCCUACACCUUAGCUGUGCCAGAUCUGGGGGUUUGACACCAGAGAUGGUGACAGGGGCACCCCGGGGACUCAGGCAGCACUGAAGAAGCCAUGGACUCCACACUGUGAACUGGAGAACAGGGAGCAUGGUGGUAGGAUAGACCUUCCCCAGCCCCUCCUCCACUCUGGCCAAAGAUGAAGAGGAUUACAGGCGCAUCUGAGCUGAAAGCAGGUUGGAAAGCCAGGCCACACUCCCCUCUUACACACAGGACAGAGAGGCAGGGACUGGCCCAGGCCACCCAGCAACAGAGAGGUCGAAUGUAGGCUGACAUCCUCCUCUCUGAGUGAGGACAUCAGGUGUGCUUGAUGGCAGGGAUGGUGUAACUUUCAGGGACAUGUCUGGAAGCCAAGUCUGCCCCACCCUCUGCAACUUCCAGGCCCCUACCCAACCCUUCUGCAGACAAACUGUUUGUCCAAGACCUGGUCCAUUGGCCAAUACUGAUGGAGUCAGACUAGGGGUUUGGGGAGCAGGGUGUUGCCUUCCUCUGUCUCUGUCAGGGUUCCAAACGUGGCAUUUGCAGAGUGGUGAAUCUGUUAAUAUCCUCAUUCUUGGCAUAGGCCUGGAGCCAACGGUGGCCCCUAGAAUCAGUCCUAGGGGUCAGGGACCAAGUACUGCCACCCCACAAUCCCAACAACAGCAACACACACACACACACACACACACACACACACACACACACACACACACACAAAGAUUUCUUGCUUUUUCCAUGGCUAUUUUUGGGCUGAGACUAGAUCCUGCUGGGGGUCACUGCCAGAAAAUCACCGGAGGGACCUGGGCUUUGUGGGGGCUGUCUUCCUCGCCCCUGAGUUUGGCAGGCCAAGGACUGCUGUGUCUGAUCUGGCAAGUCUGUCUUCCAAGGGCCUGUGCGUGGAGGAAUGCGCUCACUCCUCUGCUUCUCGAAGCCUGGGUUUGGCUGCACCCAGAAGGUUACAGUGAAAAAAAACAGGCUUGUGGGAAUGCACAGCAAGAAAAAACAAAAACAAACAAACAAACAAAACCAGAUGCUGGCACCUGGCCUGUGGCAGAUUUCUCCCAAGUUUCAAGGCCUUUGCAAAGGACUGAUUUCCUGAGCACCACCAGGAAGGGACUUGAGGUUUCGGUGACAUUUUCACCCCCUUCCUGGCCUGCUCUGUUUUGCUUGCUGUUGGAAUGAGUGGGCUCCCCCUCUAUUUAGCAUGAAGGAGCCCCAGGAAGGGUAUUCACAGACUGAACACCACCCCUGGGUGGCCAGGGUCCCCCAAACCCUGAAAAGAAACGAGGAGCAUUGUACACAGGUGGCAUUUGUAUGGACCUCAAUCUGUAAUGAGCAGAGGGACUCCACCUGCUGGCCUGCCCCAGGCACUGGGGAGUGGGACGUUCUUUGUGUAUUUAUUUUCCUCCCCAUAAGUUGGGGGGCAGUGGGGAGCUGCAAGUGCAGUCUAGCAUGUGUUUGGUUCUGGGGUCUCUCCAGUCUUACUUUGGGUCAUAAUGGAACCUUUGACCCUCCCGCUGGUGGCUUCCAGUUCCAGACCCCUCCAUGCUCCCUGUCACCUUCCCCUUGCAUCCUGUGUAAAAACCUACUCAUAAAACAUAAGUGAUGGACAUUAAAUAGAAAAAAACCAAUAAGAAAGAAAAAUGGUGCCAAGAGAUUUUCUGGAAACACCCAUGUUUUGUUAGUUGGGAUUGAAUGUGUAGAUCAGAGUCAUCCACCCCUGCCCCCAGACUCCCAGUCCUUAUAAUUUCAAUGUUGCCCACUUUUCUGUAAGUUUUGACAAGAAUCCAGCAACUUCGUAUGCUCAGUUAUGAAGUGGGUGGGGGAAAAGAGCAGGGCCCCUUUGCUCCCAGAUCUCAGAGAAGGGAAGUAAAAAAACCACCCGCCAUGCAGGAAGCUGGCCAGCUGUGAACUUGACCAGAUGUCAGAAGUGAAACUGACCACAGGGGAGCCAGAGGCUUGCUAGGAGGGCCAGGUCAUGACCCCACAGCUCCCAGCCACCCACAUGGCCUGUAAGACACGCAAGCAUACUCAUACACAAGAUUACACAGAACCUCUGUCCAGAUGGCUCAGCAGGAGGCUGGUUGGCCUGGCCAGGAGUCAGGCCAGCCCCUCCCUGGAGACACUGGGGACAGAGCCUAACCAGAGCUCAUGCCUACCUGGCCUGGGAGCCCCUAAGACUUCUGACUCUAGGCUGUAAGGCUGGUGAGGCGGGUAGUCAGAACUGCCCAUCCCGUGCUCGUCCAUCAUCCAGGGACUCUAGUAGGAGUGGCUUGUGGUCACCCUGGAAGGCAGGAGAGGAUUCGCUCUUCUAGGAAGAACAACAAGCACGCCUUCCAGAUUUGCAGGCCCAGGGAGCAGGGCCAGCAGGGCCCAGCCAAGAGUCAAACAUCAGACAGGAGAGUCUUAGUCUCUCACACCCACCGACGGGAUGGACAAGGAGGGUGACAUGGCGGUGGAGACGAGAGACACAGAGGCACUAGCAAGGCCUCGGAGUAGUGGGGGAGACAGUCCCUGUCUGAUGGAGAAGGGCUCAGGCUGGGGGCUCCCAUCUCCCUACUAUGGGCCACCUACCCACAGUAGGGAUGGAUUCCUAUGAUGAGAGAAACAUAUCUGCUCCCUUAAGGGAUUCUCCAUUAUGAUAAAAGAAAAACUGUCUUCACCCUAAAGGUGUCUCUGGUGGAACAUCCAGUUUCUGUCUUGUGGGAAUAAGGAGGGACAUAAGCCCCUCCUCAGUGACUGCUUUCUUCAGAGAGCUGCAGCAGCCAGCCCUGGCUGGCACAGAAAGUGUAAGUGGCAGCCUUGUCCAGCCAGCCCCGGGGAGGUCAGGGAAGGGACAUGGAAGCUGGCCCUUAGGCAUAUAUGAGGUAGCAGGCCUGGGAGGAGAGAGAACAUAGUCCAGCCUGGAGAAACACU